CCAUCAUUUCCUGUUCCGCAUAUUCAUUCCCAAGUCAACCAUUGCAGCGUUGUGCUCAAUUAUCGAUUCGUAUUCCAUUUUUUUGAAAAUUAUUCGGAAUUGGUUUACCUUUUUCAGCACGCAAUAUCGUUGCCGCUAUUCUCAUUGAUGGGAGCAGAUAUUAUGGCUGCUGCGAUGAAGUUCAAUAAGAGCGCUCCAUUUGAAGUCGCUGGCGUCACGAUUCCUGUGCCUUCACUAUGGAUGAAUCUCUUCUUCAGCUGCGUUUUACAGUAUGUUGUAGUAGAAAAUCACAAAGGAUACCCUGUAUUUUAA